AUGGCUGAAUCUUUUUUUUCUGACUUUGGUUUGCUGUGGUACCUGGAGGAGCUCAAAAAGGAAGAGUUCUGGAAAUUUAAGGAGCUGCUCAAGCAAGAAUCUCUGAAAUUCAAACUCAAGCCAAUCCCGUGGACCGAGCUAAAGAAGGCUUCACGAGAAAAUCUGUCACAGCUGUUGAGCAAGCAUUACCCAGGAAAACUGGCAUGGGAUGUGACCCUGAGUCUCUUUCUACUGAUCAACCGGGGAGAUCUCUGGACGAAGGCUCGGGACGAGAUCAGACAUAAGCUAAACCCAUAUAGAAACCACAUGAAGAAAAAAUUCCGAGACAUAUGGGAAAAGGAGACCUGCCUUGAAGUUCCUGAGGAUUUCUACAAAGAAACCACAAAGGAUGAAUAUGAACAACUGAAUGCUGUCUACCUUACUGCAGACAAGCCUGGAAAUCCCUCACCCACUGUGAUCUUGCAAGGUCCUGAAGGAGUUGGAAAAACAACGCUUUUGAGAAAAGUGAUGCUGGAAUGGGCGGAGGGAAACCUGUGGAGGGACAGGUUCUCAUUUGUCUUCUUCCUCAAAGGCAGUGAAAUGAACAGUAUUACAGACACGAGCCUAGUGGAGCUCAUCUCCAGGGACUGGCCUGAGUCUUCAGAGCCCAUCGAAGACAUUUUUUCCCAGCCAGAGAGAAUCCUGUUCAUCCUGGAUGGCUUGGAGGAACUGAAAUUUGACCUGACGCUUGACGCUGACCUGUGCGGCGACUGGGAGAAGCAACGGCCAACGCAGAUUGUCCUGAGCAGUUUGCUGCACAAACAGAUGCUCCCAGAAUCCUCUCUGCUUAUUGCCCUAGGAAAGAUGGGUAUGAAAAAAAAUUAUUUCUUGUUGUGUCAGACAAAAUGCAUAUGUCUCCCAGGAUUCUCUGAACGCCAAAGGAAGCUGUAUUUCUCCCAUUACUUCCGUGAGAAGAAUAAAUCCUCCAGAGCCUUCAGUUUUGUGAGAGAGAAGAGACCGCUGUUUGUCUUGUGCAAAAGCCCGUUUGUUUGCUGGUUGGUUUGCACUUGCUUGAAGUGGCAGCUGGAGAAAGGCGAAGACCUGGAGAUUGCCUCUGAAAGCAUCACUUGUUUGUAUGUGUCUUUCUUGACAAAUGUAUUCAAAGCAGCAAGUGGGAACUGUCCACCUAAGCAGAACAGAACCCGACUACAAAGCCUGUGUACCUUGGCUGCAGAGGGAAUGUGGACUCGCACGUUUCUGUUUUGCCCUGGGGAUCUCAGGAGGAAUGGGGUGUCUGAAUCCGACACCUCGAUGUGGGUGGACGUGAGACUUCUUCAGAGGAGCGGCAACUGCUUGACCUUCAUCCACACGUGUGUCCAAGAAUUUUGUGCCGCCCUGUUCUAUCUGUUCAAACGACCCAAGGACCGGCCUCACCCAGUCAUUGGAAAGGUGACCCAGUUUGUCACAGCGGCCAUGAGCGAAGCCUGCUCCCAUUUGUCCUGGAUGGGGCUGUUCCUGUUUGCAUUUUCAACUGAAAAAAUAACAAACAUGCUGGAGACAUCUUUUGGUUUUCCACUGUCCACAGACAUAAAGCAGGAAGUAACUCAAAGCCUUGAAACUUUAAGUCACUGUGACCCCGGUAAGAUGGUGGUGAGUUUCCAGGAAUUGUUCAAUUGUUUGUUUGAGACCCAGGACCAAGAAUUUGUAAUCCAAGUGAUGAAUUUCUUCAAAGAAAUUGACAUUUAUAUUGGUACCAUUGAAGAACUGACAGUAUCUGCGUUCUGUCUGAAACAUUGCCAGAGUUUGCAGAAAUUUCACCUGUGUAUAGAAAAUGUCUUUACAGAUGAAUCUGGAUCCAUCUCCAAUACCAUCGAGAAGCUCUCCCUCUGGCGGGAUCUCUGCUCCGCAUUUACUGCCAGCGAGAGCUUCCAGAUGUUAGAUUUGGACAACUGUCAGUUCGACGAGGCCUCCCUGGCGAUUCUCUGCAGGACGCUGGCUCAGCCUGUCUGUAAACUCCAGAAGUUCGUGUAUAACUUUGCUUCGAACCUUGCAAAUAGCCUAUACUUCUUUAAGGCCAUUCUUCAUAACCCUCAUUUGAAAUACCUGAACCUCUAUGGCACUGGCCUCUCCUAUAUGGACGUCAGGCAGCUGUGUGAGACGCUGAAACACCCAGUGUGUAACAUAGAAGCACUGCUGUUGGGAAAAUGUGACAUCACGGACGAAGCCUGUGAAGACAUCGCCUCUGUUCUCGUCCAUAACAAGAAGCUGAAGCUUCUCUCCUUGGUAGAUAAUCCCCUGAAGGACGAAGGAGUGAGGGUGUUGUGUGACGCCCUGAAGGAUCCAGCCUGUGCCCUGGAGGCACUGCUAUUGACGUACUGUUGCCUCACCUCUGUAGCCUGCGACUACAUCUCCCAAGUCCUUCUGUGCAACAAAUCCCUGUCUUUUCUCGAUCUGGGGUUGAAUUUCCUGGAAGAUGAUGGAGUGAUAAUGCUAUGUGAAUCACUGAAACACCCGAACUGCAACCUAGAGGAGUUGUGGUUGGUGGGCUGUUGCUUCACUUCUGUUUGCUGUGUGGACCUCGCUGCUGUUCUUAUUCACAGUGAGAAACUAAAAACCCUGAAACUAGGGAACAAUAAGAUAUAUGAUGCUGGUGUCAAACAGUUAUGUGAAGCUUUGAAGCAUCCUAAGUGUAAAUUAGAGACUCUUGGGUUGGAGAUGUGUGAACUCACCUCUGCCUGUUGUGAGGACCUGGCCUUGGCUUUCACUCUCUGCAAAUCACUGAGGUGCAUGAACUUGGAAUGGCUUAGCAUGGACCGUGAUGGGGCGGUGGUGCUGUGUGAAGCCUUGAUCAGGCUGGAAUGUGGCCUGCAGACGCUUGGCCUGAAUAAAUCUUCCUAUGAUGAGGAAAUUCAGAUGCUGCUGACAGAGGUAGAAGAGACGAACCCCCAGCUGACCAUUUCACACAGUCUCUGGACUGAUUACGAGCACAGGAUCAGGGGUGUGAUUGGCUGACAGGGAAGGUCCUGAAGUAAUCGUCUCACAAAGGCUUCCCCUUGGUCGCAAUGGGCGUUUCUCCUCCUGACACACCCUGUCCUGUAAAUUGUUCGCCAGGGCAGUGGGGACUGUAAUUUCAGAGCUCUUCCUUCACAGUAUUCUAGCAAUAUGAUUGUGGGAUGUGCUGUCUGUGCCUAAGUCCUCUAUGCCCCAUCUUGAAAGUUCCCAUCCUGCCUCACAAUGUUUAGAAGAACAAAUACAUUAAAUGGGUAAACACUUGGGAAAGCAU